UGUGUACCCCAGGAGCUUUCCGCGUCGGCCUCUCCAAAGCGUUUACAUUCUUUUUUGUCUACCUCUCUCUUCCGUUCUAUAUUUAAUUUGUACAUUUAUGUAAGAAAUUUUGUUUGGUUUGCUUUGGCAUUUUGGGCUGUCAUAGUGCGUGCAUACUUCAUAAGGACAUAUCGGUCUCUGAGGAAGACUGAAAUUUCACCCAAGACGGCAGCUCUGAAAUCAUGACGUCACCCUUUCUGUUGACCAGCCUGGUGCUGGUCUUCGUCCAGCUCACCACCGUUGGCGGCUUCAUUGUCCUGUCCUGGGGAAAAUGCCCGGAUAUACCGUCGAUGGACAACUUCAACAUCCAACGGUACAUGGGGAAAUGGUAUGCCACGGAAUCCUUUGACGCUCCCUACCAGUUCAUGUCCUACUGUAUCUCUGCCAAUUACACCCUACUCCCCGGAGGGGACGCAGUCAGGGUCUACAACUCCGGCAAGCGCGGAUGGAAAAUAGGGAACAGACUGCUGUUCGCAGAGGACAGUGUGGCUGACGGCUUUGCUACAGUGAGAAACCCUCUUGUGCCCUCUGCGCUCAACGUGGAAUUCCCAGCGCAGAAUU